AUGAUUGUUUUAGUAGUGGUAGAAGUUGAAGGAGAUGUAGAAGACGUCGUAAAUCGAGUGGAUAAAGAAGUGGUCGCCACGGAAGAUGACACGACAGUUGUUGGCGAAGUAGUGAUUCUAGUGGAAGUAGUUCUGGUUGCUGAUAAUGUUGUAGUUUUGACGGAAGCGGUCGUUGAUGAAGACGCUGUGGAAGCGCUAGUUGUCCUUGUUGAAGAAGCGGUGGAAGUUGCUCUGGUCGAUGACGAAGCUGUGCUUGUAGCAGACGUAGUGCCAGCAGUUGAGGGCGUUGUUGCGGUGGCACUUGUCGUUGCAGAUGUAGCAGUUGAAGUGGAUGUUACGCUCGUCGACGACAAAGUUGUGGUUGUGGGGGACGUGGCGAUGGUUGUUGAAGUUGUUGCGGCAGUAAUUGUUGUUGUAGACAAAGUAGUUGAGGCGGAUGUCGUGAUGGUCGACGAAGAAGUUUUGCUUAUAGUAGACAUGGUGCUUGCUGUUGAAGACGUUGUAGAGAUAGUAGCAGUUGUUGUUAUAGCCGUGCUGGUCGAUGGCGAAGUUGUG